AUGGGGCCGUUCAUGAUGAAGACAAAAACGAUGACGCCGCGUGCUCAGCAGACACUUCGAAUCCACGAGAGUCGAUUCCGCAAAGUGACGCAGUCGCCCCGGAGAAUCAGGAGAACCGUCAAGAAGAGGCUCCAGUUUGCUCGUGUCAGUGGAGAGCUCCUAAAAAGCACGAAGCUCUGCCGCUUCCCGCCUUUCCGCGACUCCGUUUUCUGGCAGUGCGCAACCGGGGCGGGUGGUCUGUCUGUCCACCUCUGCCGUGUGCAUUUACUUACCUGUUCCUCGGGGAUUUGCAGACCGGCGAUUCUUCUCAAUUCGAAGCCAAAACGGCGAUUCCACAAGCUGAGGAGUCUAGACGUGCACGGAGCGAGAUUCAUAUGGCCACCAGACGAGUUCUGGUAUUUCUUUUGGCGAAGUUGGUGUGACUUCACGCAAAUCUGGAAGGAACGCUUUCUUCAGCGCAGCUCAGACAGCGACCGGGGAGACGCGCGACGACGAGCUUCUGCUCUGUGUGACGACCACUGGACGUCUUGCCCCAAAGAUUGGUCUACAUGCCCUGACCAAUGGGGAACAGACGACGACCCGCUACUACGAGUUAGCGACGGUGACUGCGAACCACAAGACGAAGAUUUGGUGGAAGAAGGUGGCUCAAUCAAUGACGAAUUCCUGUCGGAUGCGGGAGAGGAUGAGGGGAAAGACCGCGAGAGUAUCGUGCGCAUGCUGAAAAGGCUUCCCUGCCUUCGCCGUGUUCUUUUGUCAGGUUUUGUGGGCACAUUUGUAGCCGAGGAAGCAGACGAGGCCAUUCGCUUUUUCGAGGAUAUCUUCCCCCAAGCAGUUGUGGACGUGGAGGGCGAGAUCAUCGUCAGCACGAAUGCUCUCCUGGAGGCCGUUGUCCAAGCGACUGCGCAUCCUGGGUGGGCGUCCCGACUUGAUUCGUUUAUGGCUCGAAAAAGGGAGCAACGCGCGCAAGUGACUCAGGCGACAGGGUCACGAGCAAGCCCAUGGACAGAAGAUUUUGAUCGAAGUGGAGUGACUGCGGCCGCCGUGGGAGCACCAAACAGUGAAGUCUCAACCUCUAACGCCGAGCUAGAACGGGAUGACGAGAGUGAGCAUCUUGCACUCGAAGGUCGUCGGUACGAUGAGCGGAACUGGGAAGCGUUAGAUGGAGUCUUCCUGUCUGAACGAGGAAAAGAGAAUUUCGGUCGGUGGCUGGCUCUGGGCGUCAUCGAGGACGUUUACAUUGAAGUGAGUGAUCCAACCUAUCCAAAAGUGCAUUUGCAAAUCAAUGCAUUUCAUCGAUAUUGCGUGGCUACAUAUUUUAAAUGUUUGGAACUGCCAACAACCAAGAUGGAGGAUCCCGUAGGGCAAGACUGGGGUCUUCCAUCAGUGUCUGUCCGUCACGUGGUGCAGUGGGGUACGAAGUAUGUUCAGGAUUUUUUAGAUAUUGUUUCCACCUUCCGGCACGUCAUUCUCAAUUUGGAUUACAUCUUCUGGACAGACCGGGGAGAACAUGUAGACGCAAACGCUGAGAGAUGCCUCGGAUCUGAAGCGGGCGAAGCAUGUAGGACACCGUCAGAGGGAAAUCUUAUACAGAGCGACGCGCCAUGCGCGCGCACAGACGGUCGGGCUCAGGAUGUCCAUGACGUGGCAAAAGCAGAUUUCUCCGUAGAUCAGGAGUCUGGUGAGACGGACGCGGAGCCCCCGCCGGUUGUAUCGGCUGACAGGCGCUUUCUCCAGUGCUCCGAAAGUUCCAGCCCUGCCGACGGGGCCAGUAUCAGAAGCAGCGACGCCGGUGGCGAACGGUUGGUGGCUUCGGAUAGAACGGCUCACCAAGGGAGCAAGGAGGUUGUUCGUUUGGGUGAAUUUGACGGUCAUUUCCCGAACGUUGUUGGGCUUCUCCUGCCCCUGUACUGGAUGGAUGAUGCAACAUGGUCCACUGAUGAGAUAGCGCGAAUUGCGGAGAAGUACAGAAGCCAAACGCAGGUCGUACGCAUCAAAAACCUUUUUCCGAUCAUGGGGGAAGACGCCACGGUAGACGAUCCAGUGUCACUGAUGGCUCGAGACUUCGAAAUUGUGACACGCAUCUGUAAAGACACAAUGCGUGUAAUUGAUUAUCGCGUUUACAGCUUUUUCUCGUGGAAGGAUGAGCUCGGCCUCGAUGAGAACACGUUGAUACCUCAGUUCUUGAAGGAGUUUGUAUCAAACAAUCCUGAAUUUACUUUGGCUAAGCGCCUCGACUCUCCUUCGAUGACGCAGGCAGGUGUGGUGACUGUCGGACAAGAAGCGCUUUGUCAAUUGCGCGUGUACAUAUGGAUUAAACGAGAUGUGCUGUGAACGUCAAACAUGCAAUGUGAGCAAACGGCAAAGAUGUUCACGAACUAACCUUUUCAUAAAUUAUUGAGCGGUCCACCAAGCCCCAUGCAUUCGUUGUUUGUACUGCAGACAUAAGUGAAGCGCAGUUCCUCGGAAAACGCAUUUAUUUGUGGACGUAGCCUACUCACCCCUUGAAGGUGUUAACAAAGACUAAUGGUGCCGGUUCGCUGAUACGAUCCUAUUUGAGCAACAAACGAAUAUAAGGUGGUGAUGUAACAAUAUAUAUUUUGAAAAGACAUUUAGUGGUGUGUUUUGCUAUCAAGGACGUUGUGAUUUCAGAUGGUAAGGUCUGUGAUCUGGCGGGAUGUGUGCGCAAACUGGUGUGCUGAACGUUUAUCUUGACGAAGGGCUCCCUUUCACCGAUGCGAUGGAAGUAUGAGCCCGAUGGAGGACAUCCGAUUGCAGUUCCGAAGCAUCCAUCCUUCUGCGGUGCUGAAGUCUCCUCGCGUGUUUUUACUGUUUAGUCCAGAAGUCAACAAUACUGUUGCAGUGUAUUGAUGUAUCUGUUCAACCCGCAUGAAUGUUGCGAGACAGGU